AUGGGAAUCUGCACUUCUUCCUCCUCCGAUCGCCGCCGCAAACCCCACCACCACUGCUUUCACCGCUGCGAAUCCCGGCGUUUACUUACGUAUCCAAGAGGAUCCAAACACGUCAAGUGUUCGUGUUGUCAAACUGUUAAUCUCGUUCUUGAAGCUGACGAGGUUGGUCAGGUGAAUUGCAACAAUUGCAAACUGCUCCUCAUGUAUCCUUAUGGAGCUCCAUCUGUUAGAUGUUCCUCCUGCAAUUCUGUCACAGAUAUCAGAGAAAACAACAAACGACCUCCAUGGUCUGUGCAGCAAGGACCACUCAAAACUUUCAACAAUGUCAGGUGA